CGGCGGGCAGCUGACCCCGCAGUGUGGGAAUCGGGAAGGGGUGACGUUUAACACGGGUAGGCGCUUUGACGAGGGUUUGUGAGGCAGAGGGCAGCGUCUGAAUGGGGGGGGGGUGUCAUGUUUUGUUUCUCGCAGGAGGGUCUUUAAUGGGAAAAGUGUGUAAAGCUGGAGACAGCAGGUGGUCAAAUACAGAAAUUCUCUUAUAGCCUUGUGAUUUAAUGGGGGGGUUGAGGAGAGGGGUGAUUUUAGCGCGGUGUGGAGGAGCGGAGGUCCUUGAGAUGAGUUUCAAGCCUUGAUUUGGGUGCAGGGCAGGUGAAGCUACGCGGAGGGAGUGAAGGAGCGAGGACUUGGAGGAUGGAGGUGUGCUUGGGCGAGGUGUGAUGUCGUAUGAUACAUGGAGCAUUUAUCUAGGGUUGAGUAUAUGCCAGGUUUUGUAUGAACGACCCCUAAACUUCCUAACACCGCUCCUGGUGGUUAAGACUAUGGGAUCUGGACUUGGGUUGCCUGAGUUUAAAUGCUUGGCCUCACCUGCUCUUUAUAUAAUGAUAACUCCCAGGUGCCUGUCUGCAGUCUGGAUCUCUCCCCUGAACUCCAGGCUCGUUUGUCCAACGGCGACUCUUCUCUCCUUGGAAGUCCAACUGACAUCCAUGCUUUAAAAAGCUUGUCCCAAACCAAACCUGUAGCUUCCCCUUCCAACCUCCAAACCCUGCUGAUGGCACUUCCAUUCUUCCAGGUACUCAGGGCAAAAACCUUGGAGUUGUCCUUGACUCUGCUUUUCCCUUGCAUGCGUGUCAUCUGCCAAUCCGCAAAUCUCAUGCGUCUAUCUUCAGAACACUUCCAGAAUCCAGCCCUGUCUCACCACCUCCCUUGCUACUGCUCUGAUUCAUGUCAUCACCUGCCCUUACCUGGUCUGUUGCAGUGGCCUCCUCGCUGGGUUCCUUGCUCCUCACCUGGAGCCCGUAGUCAAGGGUUUCUGUUGAAACAAAAAUCAUAUCAUGUUGCUCCCUGGUCCAGACAUUCCCACACUUGCUUCUACUUCGCACAGUACAAGACCUCGCCAAGCCCACAGGACACCACCUGAUUCGGCUCUCCCUCCAGCCUGCCCUCAGACUCCUGCCAUUCUCCCUUAUUGACAUUGCUUCAGCCACCCUGGCCUCCUUGUUCUUCAGACAUAGCAAAUACAUUCCCAGCUGGGGGAAUGUCCCUGCUGUGCCUCUGUCUGGACAAUGUUCCCUCUAGAUGUCUGCAUGGCUUCUCCCUCACUUCCUUCAGGUCUCUGUUCAAAUGUCAAAUCCACAGACUGGCCCUUGCUGACCACCCAAGCUAAAAUAGCUUCUGUUACUCCCUGGCCUCUUAUAACCUGGUUUUGGUUUUCUUCAGUUAACAGCACUUACCCAACUUAUAUUAGGGUUUGUUUAUAUCCCCUGGCUUCUUAGAUUCCCAACCCCCACUAGAGUAUUGACUCCAUGAGAAUAUAGUACCUGGAAGGGCCCAUAGGGCCCUAAAAAAGUGCUCCUUGUAUUAUAUCAUCACCAUCACCAUUUCUUGGUGGGGAGGAGAGACUCCCUGUGGUAUAGGGCAGGGUUGUUGAGCUGGGAGGGUCUUGUGUGGGGUGGUGGGGUCAGGAUGGGGUAAUAAACUGGGCAGACUGUGGUAUCCAGGGGCAGAAGCUCUCAGAUCUCAGUGCUGGUGGAGUCUGUAGAAAAUGCAGAUUCCUGGGCCUACCCCCCACUUCUACUUCUUUAGAUUUGGGAUCAUGCCCAAGAUCCUGCAUUUUUUUAUUUUUAAUUUUUAUCAAGCACCCGUGUUCAUGCUGAAGGUCUGCAGUCCUCACUUGAAGUAAAAGACCAGUUUGGAGCUUGGACUGGAGCUCUUUCAUCAUUAAACUCCCCCUCUGGGACUACCUACCCCUCCACUGGGCAGUGCUGGGGACACUGGUGAUUGAGACAGCUCCUUACCUAGCCUGGGAGUCCGAGAGGGCAUCUGACAGGAACGGACAUUGGAGCUGGGACCUGGUGACACAGCAAUGAACUGAGGGGAGAGGACUUUGUCUGUAUCUCCAGUGCCUAGAACCCUGUUUCCUGGCCUCUCGCAUAAAUUCACAAGUAGUCCCCAAUCUGUGCCAGGCCCAGGGUGCUGAACGUACAAGAACGUACAAAAUGGCUCUGCCUUCUUGGGCUUCUGGUCUGUCAGCUAAUCGUCAGCUAGUUGCACAGAUGGUGGACAGUUGACCGGGUGCCAGGCACUGUUUGAAACUCUGUACAUGUAUUAAUUACUCUAAUCCCCACAGUCAUCCUAUGUGAGAUGGGAGCUCUUAUCAUCUCCACUUUACUGAUGGGAGAAGGCCCAGAGAGGCGAAGUGCCCUGGGCCAUAUUGUGGGUAAGUGGAGGAGCAGGAGCUGAACCCAGGAGUCCCUGUCCUGCGGUGUGUGUCAUGCUUAAGGUACCAGGCCACACGUAAGGAUUGGUGCCUGGAGGGAAAGGAGCAGAGAAUUAUGGGAGGAAACAGAAGUGUAGCUGGGUGAUGGGGAGGGGAACCAGUGUGCCAGCCCCUCACUGCAGGGUUCUAGGCAAACCUCAGUUUCAUCCUUUGUGAAAUGGGGGAUGGUUACAGCAUCUACCUGAGAGCAGAAUUAGGACAAGUCACUGAUGGGUGCGUGUAGUCCUCAUCUAAGGCAAAAAGCGUUUGAGGAAUAGUAGGGGAGGGUAUUUGGAUAUUCUGGGGGUGGGGGGAGGAGGGGGCUGCAGUGUGCACUAUGGAGGGGCAGGUUGUGGGGAGUCCUUAAAGGCUUUCGUGUUUAUAUAUUCCAGGGGGACAGGGUGGAAGGCUCCUGUCUGUAUUCUGGGGGAGUGCAGGGUGAAGGGAGGGGGAUUCUAGCCAGCUAAAACUCACAUGGCGGGGAGUGGUAACUCAGGCCAAGCGUGUGUGUGUGUGUGUGUGUGUGUGUGUGUGUGUGUGUGUGUGUGUGUAUGAGAGGUGUGGGGGUCAUAUACUGUAUAGGACAGGCCAGCUAAGUCCUGGCCAGGCUGGAAUCUGAUGUUGGAGGAAGCCGGUGCUGCAGACAGUGCGAAAUAGCUGUCGUGACUGGGGGCUGACAGAGGUGGGGAUUUGCCCGUGUCCUGUGUGGGAGAUGGUGAUGUGGAUUUGUUUUAGGGGAGCCCAGCGUGGAAGAUUCUCAGCUUCCACCCUAGGGCAAGGACUGUGAAAUCGUAAAUAUCCAGGGAGCGCUAUUGGGUGGAGGAGGAGCCAGGGACAGUGAUGUAACCCUGGAAACCGAGAGGGGAGUCACCUUAGUGAAAGAUGAGAGGGAAAGGCCCCAGGGUCGGAAAGCUGAGUGUGCUUGUGCGUGUGUGCUUGCGUGCGUGUGCGUACGUGUAUGCGCGUGUGCGCUGAAGCCAUGAUGUCACUAGGCCCGAGAAAUGGGGUCAGGUGUGUGGGCCAGAGUGGGGUGCUGGGGUGUGCGCGCAUAGCGCUCAAGGUUGAAGGGCUGACGUCACGGGUUGGCGAGGGCGGGGCCUUGAAUGCGGGGUCUGGAAGCUGAGACGAAGAGCUAGGAGAGUCUUGGGACUGGAACGAAACCAGCAACCAGGAUGGGCCACUGGUCACAGAGCAAGGACAGAGGAUGCAGUGACACUGGCCAUGGACCAGCCAGCUGGCCUGCAGGUGGACUACGUCUUCCGGGGUGUGGAGCAUGCCGUGCGGGUGGUGGUGUCUGGGCAGGUGCUAGAGCUGGAAGUGGAGGACCGGAUGACGGCUGACCAGUGGCGGGGCCAGUUUGACGCCAGCUUCAUCGAAGAUCUGACUCACAAGACGGGGAACUUCAAACAGUUCAACAUCUUCUGUAACAUGCUAGAGUCGGCUCUCACCCAGAGCAGUGAGUCGGUCACCCUUGACCUACUGACCUACACAGAUCUGGAGUCCCUGCGGAAUCGCAAGAUGGGGGGCCGCUCAGGCCCCUUGGCCUCCAGAUCAGCCCAGCUCAACUCCAAGCGCUACCUGAUCCUCAUCUACUCUGUAGAGUUUGACAGGAUUCACUACCCGCUGCCCCUCCCGUACCAGGGCAAGCCAGACCCUGUGGUCCUGCAGGGCAUCAUCCGCUCACUGAAGGAGGAGCUGGGCCGCCUUCGAGGGCUAGACGGCCCGGAUGCUCGGGACACGCGGGAGAAGGAAAUCUGGCACCUGAGAGAGCAGGUUUCACGCCUGGCAUCUGAGAAGCGAGAACUGGAGGCGCAGCUGGGCCAGUCACGCGAGGAGGCUCUGGCCGGGAGGGCAGCGCGCCAGGAGGCUGAGGCCCUGCGUGGGCUCGUCCGGGGACUGGAGCUGGAGCUGCGGCAAGAGCGGGGCCUUGGACACCGCGGGGUCAGCCGCCGCAGCCAGGAUUGCCGGCGCCUGGCCAAGGAGCUCGAGGAGGUGAAGGCUUCGGAGCGGAGCCUGCGCGCCCGGCUUAGGACGGUGAACACCGAGUUGGCUGUGUACAAGAGGGGGAGACGGACUCCGCCAGUGCCGCAGCCCCGGGCGCGGGAGGAUCGGGCUUCAUCGUCGCGGGAGCGCUCCACAUCGCGUGGUCGCGGUGCGACCCGCUCUUCUUCCCGGGAGAGUGGCCGGGGGGGCCGGGGUAGAGGCCGCCCUGCCCGCCCCUCACCCUCGCCCACAGGUAGUCGCGCGCCACGUUUUGACCCUACAGCCUUUGUUAAAGCCAAAGAGAAGAAGCAGAGAGAGAUCAAAAUGAGGCAGCAGCAGCAGCGGAACCGACUGGGCAGCGGAGGAAGCGGGGACGGUCCGUCCCUCUCCUGGUCUCGCCAGACUCGGCCCCCCGCUGCCGUGAGCGGCCGAGGGGACGCGGCUGACCGCUUUCGAAACCGCAGCUCCUCCGUGGACAGUUUCCGCAGCCGCUGCUCGUCUGCCAGCUCCUGCAGCGAGUUGGAGGAUUUCUCCGAAUCCCUUCCUAGAGGCGUGCGCCGCCGCGGGAAGCCUCCCAGCCCCACAACCUGGGGUGGGCCCAACAAGCAGCAGAAGUCCACCCCUCUGGAACGCGGCCACCAUCAGAGACGCCUGACCAGUUCAGGAGGCUGGGUCCCUAUGAAAGAAUACAGCUCCGACCACCAGGCGGCGGACAUGGCCGAAAUAGACGCGCGCCUGAAGGCCUUGCAGGAAUAUAUGAACCGACUGGACACACGGUCGUGACCCCCACAAGGAGUACAGCCCCUCCAUCCCCCCCCUCCGCUGGAUUCUGAGUGGGGGCGCUGGUCGGCUUGUCCAUCCAGCCCUGCUCAGGCUCCUCCCCUGUUGGUGCUCACAGGGGGUUUCAGGUGUGUGAAGCCUUGAUUCCCCCCUACACACUGCAUGCUGGGAGGGAGGGUAUGUGAAUUUUGUAAAUAAACGUAUUCCCCUCUGGGAUCCUUCAGCUUAUGACUGAAGGGUGGAGCUGGAGUGGGGAAGACAUGA